AUGGAUUUGAUCAGCCAGCUACCUGACGCGGUGCUCUUGGUAAUAUUGUCGUCACUGCAUGCCAAAGAUGUUGUGGCUACAAUGGUUUUGUCUAAACGAUGGCAGUUUCUUUGGAUGUUUGUGCCAAGACUCUUAUACGAUGCUAGUUAUCAGAAUAUUGAGUAUGGAAGAUUUUCGCGCUUUGUAGACAAGUAUUUGCUUUUGCACGAGGCUCCGACUCUAGAAACUUUGCAUUUUAAACUUGGUGAAAGGUCUGGAGCUGUUGACAUUGGAGUAUGGACCAGAACUACAGUUAGACGCAGUGUGAGUGAGCUGAUUAUUGAGAUGGACUGUUCUUCCAGUAAAGCUCCAGUUAUACUUCCAAGAAGUUUGUAUGCAUGCUGUACAAUGCUUGUGACCUUGAAGCUAAACAACGUGAUUCUUGUGGAUUUUUCUUCUUUGGUUUCUUUCACAUCCCUCAAAACUUUGAGCCUUUCAUCUGUGAGGUAUCCAAACGAUGCUUUUGUCAAGAGGCUUUUAUCCAAUUGCCUUGUUCUUGAAGCCUUACUUGUGGAACGAGACCCCAAUGACAAUGUGACCAUUUUCACUGUUGUGGUGCACUCUCUAAAGAGUUUAUUCUUACGUGAGUCACCAAAAAGUGUUAAUAAUGAUGCACGUGGGUUUGUCAUUGAUGCUCCUUCUUUGGAGUGCUUCGAUGUUCUUGAUCAUAACGGUGGGUUUUGUGUUAUCGAAAAUGAUAUGCGUAACAUUGUAACAGCAAAUGUUGAUGUCACUUACAUUCAUCCUGGGAAGAUUUUGGGGUCUAUUACUUUUGCCAAGCGUCUCUGUUUAUGUUUACUCUUGUGCAGAAUGCAUAUUCUGAUGGUAGUGUCUUCCACCGUCUUGUAA